CGAUUACAAAUCGUAUAAAACUACAGGGGGUUUAAGGUAAUAUAUGAUGACCAAUUUCUGGCGAUGCUUCCUCGAGAAGUCCACUUCUGAAGGGUCAACCCCUGGUAUACUCCAGGGCAUCUUCAAUUCCAUCACAUUCUUCUUUGAUUCGAAGCUCGAUCUCCUGUAUCCAGAUCGAAAAUGGCGGCGUCUCAAGAGCAUUUGGACAAGAUGCAGCUCCGUCAGAACUACCGCAAUCUAUGGCACACCAAUCUCAUGAACACCAUCACUGCUGAUACUCCUUACUGCUGCUUUUCGUUAUUCUGUGGUCCAUGUGUAUCAUACUUGCUUCGUAAGCGAGCUCUGUAUAAUGAUAUGUCAAGAUAUACAUGCUGUGCUGGAUAUAUGCCAUGUAGUGGAAGAUGUGGAGAAAGUAAAUGCCCUGAGUUAUGUCUUUGCACUGAGGUGUUUUUGUGCUUUGGGAACUCAGUGGCAUCUACUCGGUUUCUUCUGCAAGAUGAGUUCAACAUACAAACAACUAAAUGCGAUAAUUGCAUCAUUGGUUUCAUGUUUUGUCUCCAACAACUUGCAUGCAUAUUCUCCAUUGUUGCUUGUCUUGUUGGAAGUGAAGAACUCAGUGAAGCUUCUCAGUUGCUCAAUUGCUUAGCUGAUUUGGUUUAUUGCACGGUUUGCGCGUGCAUGCAGACGCAACACAAGGUUGAAAUGGACAAAAGAGAUGGAAAAUUUGGACCACAACCAAUGGCGGUCCCACCAAUGCAGAAUAUGUCAAGGAUUGAUCAGCCAUAUCCGCCUAAUGUCGGAUAUGGCCAACAACCCUAUGGGUAUCCGCCAGCACCACCACCACAAGCUGGCGGAUACCCGCCUGCUGGAUAUCCUCCACCGGGAUAUCCAGCUCCGGGUUACCAGAGGAAAAUAUUACAUUGUAGACAAAGGAUAUCUCGACUACAAAGAAUAUCUAGUACCAUACUCACGUAUUAGAUAUCAUUGAUCACAAUUUUUGCAUGUUUUCCCAACUAAUGUUCAAUGUGCUUUUAAUCGUGUACAUUUAUCUCUUCGAAGUUGCAUCGAUCGUUCGUUUUGAGUAUUAAAGAAGAGGUGGAAAAUAUUGAACAAAAAAACAAGUUUUAGCCAUGAGACACAAAGAAAUGUGAUUGGAAUUAUUUCUUUUCAUGAUUAUAUAUGAAU